CCAUUUAUCCACAGAGGUCUGCCUGUUUCUGAGCAGUAACAAUAAUUCAAAAGAGUUGCUUUCUAAGCAGAUUUUAAAAAACCCAACAAACUAGUAAUAAUAAUAAUAAAGAGACAAACAGGAUGUCAGGGAGCUCUGCGGUCCGCUCCUUCGCUGUCGCAGACUACGUGGUUUUCGCCGUCAUGCUGCUGGUGUCCGCCGCCAUCGGGGUCUACUUCGCCUGGGCCGACAGGAGGCAGCGCAGCGCCGGGGACUUCCUGACCGGGGGCCGCAGGCUGACGGCGCUGCCCGUCUCUCUGUCCCUGUCCGCCAGCUUCAUGUCGGCCGUCACGGUGCUGGGGAACCCGGCCGAGGUGUACCUCUACGGAGCCAGCAUCGCGUUUUACGCCGUCUCCUACGUCGUCACCAUGGUGAUAACCUCCGAGGUCUUCCUGCCGGUCUUCUACAAGCUGAACAUCACGAGCACGUACGAGUACCUGGAGCUGCGUUUCAACAGAGCGACCCGUCUGAUGGGAACCAUGCUCUUCAUUGUUCAGACAAUUCUUUAUACCGGAAUCGUCAUCUACGCUCCAGCUCUCGCUUUGAACCAAGUGACUGGUCUGGAUCUGUGGGGCGCCAUGAUUUCAACAGGAGUGGUCUGUACUUUUUACUGCACAAUGGGUGGCCUGAAGGCGGUGGUGUGGACUGAUGUAAUACAGCUUGGUGUCAUGCUUGCGGGCUUCCUCGCCGUCAUGAUCCGGUCUGUAGUCGUACAAGGCGGAGUCAUCAACAUCAUCUCUGACUCACAGCAGGGAGGAAGACUAAAUCUUCUGGACUUUGAUCCAAACCCGCUGAGGAGACACACAUUUUGGACUCUGUCUGUCGGAGGGGUAUUCAUUUGGCUCAGUAUUUAUGGCAUCAACCAGGCACAGGUUCAAAGAUACAUCUCCUGCAAGAGUAUGACUCAUGCCAGACUUUCUUUGUUCAUCAACUUGUUGGGGCUUUGGUCCAUUUUACUGAGCUCAGUGUUCACAGGAAUGUGUCUGUUCUCCGUCUAUAAAAGUUGUGACCCCUGGACCAGCAGACUUAUUUCUGCUCCUGAUCAGCUAUUGCCAUAUCUUGUGAUGGACAUCUUGGGCGGCUAUCCUGGCCUUCCUGGACUGUUCGUUGCGGCAGCUUACAGCGGAUCUCUGAGCACUGUGUCUUCCAGUAUCAAUGCACUUGCCACAGUGACAGUUGAGGACAUCAUAAGACCGUACACCAACUUUUCAGAAAAGCGCCUGACAUGGAUUUCAAAGGGAAUGAGUUUUUUCUAUGGGAUUUUAUGCAUUGGAAUGGCUGGAGUGGCCUCUUUUAUGGGAGGAAUCUUGCAGGCAGCCUUCAGUAUUUUUGGGAUCAUCGGUGGCCCUUUGCUUGGCUUGUUCACGCUGGGGAUUCUAUGUCCACUGGCCAAUUCUAAAGGAGCUUUAUCAGGCCUUUUUUCAGGCAUGGCGUUAUCUCUUUGGGUGGGCAUUGGAGCUCAGAUAUACCCUCCGUCCAAAGCCUUGAGUCAACCUCUACCUCUUUCCACUGAUGGAUGCAAUUUCACUCUGGCCCAUGACUCAAAUUGGACCUCCAGCGCUUUACCAAUCCAGAACUUCACUUCGGUGGCUCCAGUGCACCACCAUGACAAGUCCGACCUGAGGAACCUGUACUCUCUGUCCUAUCUGUACUUCAGUCCAUUGGGAACCAUCACAGCAAUCAGCGUAGGACUGGUUGUCAGCAUCUUGACAGGAGGCUGCAACCUCAAAGUGGAGCCAAGGCUUACCUUAAACAAGGAAGACACAAUCAUUUACCAUUUCAUCAAAAUGUUUACAGGCAGAAUCAAGCGUCGAAGUGGACAUCUGGACCUGAAGAAGGACAGAGUGAUGACAUUUGGCAAUGCUAAUCCCGCUUUUAGCGAUGUUGAGCUGGACCUUGCAAAACGUGGACUUUCUUGAUGAAACGAAACCAAUGUUUGGUCAACAAUUUAAUUAUUGUUGUCUAGUCUCAUCAAAAGGAUUGCCAGUAAAGAAUGAGAGAAUAUACAGGAUCGGUAGCAACUGUAAUUAUAUUUGCUGAGAGCCUGGGUCUCCGGGGUUCUGUUGUACAAUCGAGAGGGCUUAUACCUGGCAUUUGUACAAAAUGUACACAAUUCAAACACUGUUUCACAGACUGGCCAAAGUGUUACAGCUUAGAGAGUUAUUCCCAAAGUACUGCAUGAUUGAGAGAAACUAUAGCUAUUCUUCAGCACGCUUACUCAGUGUACCUGUCAGGAAUGCUUUGAUAACGUACAAAAAUAUUCUGUUGGACAGCUUGUUUCUUUCUAGUGGCCUUCAGACUGGGUUCUGUAUACAAAGAAGUUCUGGUAACAUUAGGAGAUUGUCUAAAUGAAUAGUUUUGAAAGACCUACCAAAGAACUGGGCAGGUUACACAUAAACUUCCUUGCUUGUUUCUAGGUCUUGAUGAUCUGUCUAGAAUGAUCAUGUCACCUAUUGCAAUGUAUCCUCAGCCAUUUUGUCUUUCUUUACCCCGAAGAAACCGUCUGCCGGAUUUGUUCUUGUGAUUCCAGACAUUUCCACUCUAAAUGUUAUGCGAUUUGAUGAUUGUACAAUGAUUGAGUAUUCCAUAAAGGAAUUGAGAAACCUAGAAGUUCCUCGCUCCCUUUAUAGGUUUUACCUGGUUCGUUGAUGAACGCAAAAGAACAACCAGGUCUCUAACGGCAGGAGUGUACAGGUGUGUUUUGUAACAACCCCAAGUUGGGAAGAACAUCUGCAUUGACCUUUGUCCUCAGAUCAAAUUAAUAUCUCAAUGCAGAUGAUAUUUGUUCCCUCAUAAUGCCAUCUAUUUUGAGAAAUACACUAAUCCUUCCUACAACGAAACAUUUCACAGGUUUACCUUAAAGAACUGACAUAUUUGUAGAGAGAAAUCUCAAUUUAAAUAGCCUCGGUACCUGGAUACUGGUCUCUAAGAGCCAAUAUAUUUUUUGUUCUCCACUUGAAUAGUCCUUUCAUUCCUGAACGGAGGUAUGGCUGAGAGAGCAUAGAUUACGAGGCGAAUGGCGCCAUCUGCUGGAGGAAAACGACUCUGCAACAACCACAUUUUUUUUCGGUUUUUUUUUUUUUUUUUUAAAUGGAUAGAACUUCUUUACAUGCCAUGAAUUAGAAUGAGCUGCAACAACCACCAUAACUAUAAAAACCUGCUUGUUUCAUUUAGGUAGCACUCUGAUUCAUUGCUACUUCUAGACAAAAUAUUUUGGAACAAAGUUUUAACCUCAAAGUAAAAAAAUAAUUUGUUGCACAUCUCAAUCCAAAUAUCCACCCAGUAACUUCUUCCCUCAACUUAGAUUUAUUCUCAACCAUAAAUUUUCCCUAAAACCUUGACUUUAUUUUUAUUUUUAUUGAGCUUAAUUUUGGUUGCUGACCAAUUGUCAUAAUCGGUUCUGAUUGUGUGUUUGGGAGAAAUCAGAAAUAGUUCAAAGUACAAUUUAAGCUAAAUCCCAGGCUAAGCCAUCCUAAAAAGUUCACAAAUACAGAAAUUAAAAGCAAUAAAUCUCUAAGACAAGCUAAAAAAACAAACAAAAAAAAAAACAUCUGAUGACUCAAAUUGCAUUCAUGUGAUAAAGGAAUAAAAUACAUAGAUAUAUGAUAAAUAGAAGUUUUUGUUUUUUUGUUACAUCCAGAGAUGAGAACAGACCCAAAAGGGUUCAUUUUCAACAAACAUGAGUGUCAUGAAUCAGACAACAGCUUUUUGCAUCAUUUUGGCUUUUUGCAGCCAAUUUUCAAACACUGGCUGAAUUUGUUUUGAAUUUUAUUUAUAAUAAAUACCAAUAAAUCAUGCAUAUCUCAUAUGUUUCCUGAAUGGAAUAAACUGCUGAUCUUCAACAGA